CAACAAGGUGACAGAAAUGUUACUAAAAUGCGUUAAUAAUCUUGUAUUUUACCUAAUUCUGCUCAGUAAUUUUUUCAUGGUUUAUCUUCGCUUACAGUACAUUAUACAUUAAAUUUAAUUUCCCUAUACAUUAUGUAUUCACAAUUUCUUUCCCAAAAGAGUGGCCUAUCCACAAUGCGAAGUAUGUCCAGGGUUUUUUUUUUUCAUAAGGAUAAUUUUUUUUACUAUAUUAUAUCUAUAUAUAGUAUAAAAAUAUUUUGUUUUUUCAAAAUAUUAUUAUUAGUUAAAAACGAUUUGACCAGAAACACUGUUUUAUAGCAUAUCAGAUCUAUUCAGCAAGAAAAAACAAAAUGGAAAUAUUUAGCGUCCGUUGGAUAUUUAUAUUAGCAGCGUUCACGUCAUCAUCAAUAACGUUUGGAGACGAAACUAUUGUUUUUCCAGGAAUGAAGCCAGAUAACGAAUGGUGGUCGAACACGAUAAUAUAUCAAGUAUAUCCUAGAUCGUUCAAAGACAGUGAUAAUGAUGGAAUAGGCGAUUUAAAAGGUACCUUAUACACAUAUUCGAGGUUAAGUUAUUAUUGACAAUUUACUUAAUAAUAACUAUCUAUGAUAUCUAUAGAUAAUCGAAAAUAGAUACUUAUAUUUAUUUUCUACAAUUAUAUACAAGGUAUACUUAGAUACUUAUGAAACAAUUAGUAGGUAUUGCAAUAUAAAAUACUCAAUAUUAACAUCUAAUAAGUAUUUAAAUCCUACAUAAGUACAAGAUAUAUUAAAAUAAAAAUAAUAUUACUUCCAUUUUCCACGUAUCCGGUAUUUUAAAAUAUACGGCGUUUUUAAUAUUAUUCGAAACAUUAUUUGACAUUUUAAACAAUUCUCCACAUUGUACAACAAUUUCAAAUUCGUAAUGUAUUAUUUUUACAAAAGUUAACGAGGAAAUGUUCCAGCUUGCCCCCCAUCGGUCGGUUAUGAAUUAUGGAUAACAGCCAAAAUGAGUACCUAGAUACUCGAUACUAUUGGUACAUUAAUUUACACUAUAGUUAAACUGAUAAACUCGAUACAAAAUGCAAUUGAAUCUAAGAGUAAAAUGUCAUACUGAUAUUGAAUAUACUGCCGAACCCGUCUAAAAUAUAAACAUAAUAUGUGUCCAAAUACAUAUCAUAGAAAUAUUUAUCUUUUCAUUGAACACUAUAUAGUUAUAAUUAUUAAUAUCGUGCGCAUAUUCUGCAGGUAUUACUCAAAGUCUGGAUCACUUUGUCGAUCUGGGCGUAGGAGCAGUAUGGAUCAAUCCGAUAUUAAAAUCGCCAAUGGACGAUUUAGGAUAUGACGUCGAAAAUUAUACAGUAAUUGAUCCGAUUUUCGGAACUAUGGACGACUUCGAUGAAUUGAUUUCGGAACUAAACAAACGAGGUAAAUAAAAUAAUUUAUCAUUAAACAAUCUAGCAUAUUUAUUACAUGCCAAUUAAAUUAAUGAUAAAAUACUGAAUUUUAUUUUUAAUAGGUUUAAAACUUAUUUUGGAACUUGUACCAAAUCAUUCGAGUUAUAAGUGCGAAUGGUUUCAAAAAUCGAUCAACCAGCAAGGCAAAUAUAAAGAUUACUACGUUUGGCGUAACGCUUCUAAUCAACACCAACUUAGUAAUUCAUCAGUCACACCUUUACCUCCAAAUAAUUGGGUAAAUGAAAUGUUUUAAAUUCAUUUUUAAAGAACGCUAACACACAUCUUCUCUCAUAGCAAUCAAGCAACACCAAAUAAAAACAUCCUUUAUGCUUGUUGUACGCGUGUAUAGAUUAUAUAAUUUUCUAAAUUUUUUUUUAAAACAAAAACUAAGUUAGCUACCAUAAUAAUUAUUAACAUCGCGUGUCAUAUUCCUGCGUGUUAAUGGAAUUAAAAUACUAAAUAUUAAAUAUGCGUUAAAUAUGUUUGGUUUCACAUUUCAAAUUUUUUUCGAAUCUCGGUUAACAUAUUAUGCGUAUUUAAAUAUAGCUUUGUACUUUUGGACAAUCGGCGUGGACAUGGAACACUGAACGAAAACAAUUUUAUUUACAUCAAUUCAGUGACAAACAACCGGAUUUCAAUUUUAGGACUCCGGAAGUCCAUAUGGAAUUUUUCGUAAGUAUAAAAUUGCCAGAAAUUUAGAUAUUCUCGCAUUAUCUUUCACCAUACUAUGACAUGUGUUCUUUGUUUCGAUUUUCAAGAAAAUAAUGGAAUUUUGGAUGGAUAGGGGUGUUGCCGGAUUUCGGUUCAACGCUGUAGGUAAAUUAUACGAAAACGCAAAUUUUACCGAUGAACCGCAUUCAGUUGGCCGAGAGAGUUGGCCUAAGUAUUACUCAUUGACUCACGAAUACACGAACGAUGUGCCGGAGAACGUCGAAACGAUUCUCGAAUGGAGAAAAUUUAUGGACAAUUAUUCGAAAAAGAAAAAUACAUUCCCGAGGUAAUUAUAUGAUUUAAUAAGAUUUAUGAAUGUUUCGUAUUGAUUUUUUAAUAGUGAGACAGAAUUUCUCACAAAACACUGGAUAUUUAUAUUAAUUAAAUCAGACAUUUUACUAAAUGCUUAGGUAAAUAGCCAACAAAUUAAAUUUAUAUGCAAUUUUACUAUUCGCCUAGACAUUUAGUUAAAUGCCUAGUCAUUUAGUUAAAUAUCUAGUCAUUUAGUUAAAUAUCUAAACGUUUAACUAAAUGUCUAUUUCAAGUCAAGCAAAUAAUAAAAAUAAAAGGUUUUUAUAUUUUUUUAAAAACUAAACUAUAAUUUCUUAUUAAUAUUAUUUAAUCCAACAAUAUAAAAAUAAAAAUUCCACGGUUUUUUACCUUUGAAAAGUAUUAUUAUAGGGUAUUUCUAAACGGUCAUUGUAAAAAUCAAAGUUUCGUUUGAUAUGUUUUGCAAUUUUAAUUAAAAAGCUUAUACAAAAUUGUAAUAAAAAUAUUUUUAUAUUAGCAUAAGAGCAAUUUAAUUUAUGAAGAAUCUUAUGUUAAAUUUUAAAACAUUAAUGCUCACAGAAAACAAUAUUAUUCAUUUGAAAUAAAAUAAAAACUAGAACCUUUCAAAUAACUUAUAUCUAUAGUAAAAAUAUUUUGAAUAAGCUUAAGACAGAUUUGUAUAGAUAUACCUUAUUUUUUUUUUUAAUUAAAUUAUAUUUCUAACUAUUUUUAACUCAAAUCACACAUACAUUUCUCAUUUUUUCUUGUUUUGACGUAAUUGAAUGGAAAGUCAAAAUAAUAAAGUGUAAUAAGAUAAAUUCUUUGGAAUACUUUGUUCAAGGUCUUUUUUUUCAAAAAGACUUAAAAUACUUAUUUAAGUACCUACUUAAUAAAUAUUCGAAUUCCUACUUUCAAUCAAGUACUUUCCAACACUGUAUACAACAGACACAUCAUAGAACACUACAACACUACACUCUAUUUUCGGGAAAAAUUAGCCAAACAUGUAUGUUAUGUUCAAAAUAAAACACAUUUUACGAAAUUGAUAAAAUAUGUGCCCAUUACACGGACCUAAAAAUGUUUAGCAAAAUGUAGUUGUUAGUUUAAAUAAUAUGUUUAUUUUCGCAUCUCGUUUACAUCACGUGUUUCUUAUUAACGAGUUAUUGCAUUUGUAUGUUUUAUAUAUUUAUUAUUUUAAUUAUUAUUAUUAUUAUUAUUAUUUAUAUUAUUUUUAAUUAAUAUAUGUCCUUGUGUAAUAUGUAUAGGCUUUUAGUAGCGGACGUUCAUUACCGCGCGUGUGUAUACAGUCUGGCUCCUUAUUUUGGAAACAGUAACCAUCCCGGAGCUCAAAUUCCGCUCAAUUAUCAUUUAUUAACAAUUCCACGCAAGGAAGAAAUAGUCGAAUCGAUAGACUUCGCUAUUCAAUUUUGGUUUGACGUCAUACCGGCCAACAAUACACCAAACUGGGUGGUAAACAAUUUUCAAACUUUUUACAAUGAAUUUAUAAAUUAUUAAAAUAAAGUAAGAAAACAGUGACCUUAUUUCGCGAGGGAGGGGAGCAAGUCAUACAUUUGUUUCAGUCAAACAUUUAGACUUGCUGUGAAUUGCCCUUUGAGAUUCAUAGCUAAGCAAGCAAUGUAUUGGUUUUACAAUGUUUUUUUUUUAUUAUUAUUUUGAAAGGAAAUAGUAUUUACUUGGUACUUUAAGUGAGUCACUUUUUGAUUUCCUAAGCGGUUUUCAUGAUAAUUUGGAAAAAACGUAAGAAAAACGGGAAAAUGUACGUGAAUGUAUAAAAAAAAACUUUGCUCCUAAUCAUUUUUUUUUGAGCAAUGUUUUAUCGUUGCGUACUGAUAUAAAAUAAAUUCUCCUGUAAUAUAUUACAUCCUACCUUUCCAACUUCUCACGUAUAAUAUUGGCCCACCCACUGUGCGAAGUAUGUCAAUCUUUUUAAAUUGUUAUGGAUGCAAAAUAUUUAAAUUCAUGUAUUAAAUUAAUAAAUUAACUGUAAAAAAAAAAAAAUAAUAAUAAUAAAAAACACAUUUAUUUAGAUGGAAAGUAUCGAUACCGAUAGAAUAUCUUCAAAAUACGGCCCCGAAGCGGUACAAAUAUUUACCGCGCUGAAAUUAGCGCUUCCUGGUGUCGAAGUUACGUACUAUGGUAGUGAAAUAGGUAUGGAAAAUACUUACGUGAGACCCAAGCAAAUUCAAGAUUCGAAAGUUACGGGCGAUCAGAAAAACGCAGUAAGCAGAGAUUUUGCGAGGACUCCUAUGCAAUGGAAUGAUAUGACAAACGCAGGUCCAUAAACAAAUUAUUGAUUGCCGCUUUCGAUUGUAUUGCUUAGACUAACAAAAUUUAUGUCAUUUUUCUAUUAUUAUAUUUUAAUUUUACUACCCGUACGGUUGAACCGAAAAAUUAAUGGUUAUUACUGGAUACUGGUCAUUUUUUAUUUACCCCUUUGAUUUUCUUUCUUUUUUUUGUUCAUAACAUUCGGUAGUACGAUAUCAACUAAACAGAACGGAUUGUAUUGUUAUCAAGGCAUAUACAGGGUAAUCAACAUACCGUAAGACAACAGCAUCACAAAAAGAAUUAACUUUUUCAAAAAUCUAUUUUCUUUUUCUUUAAAACAUUUACAAAACAAGCAGCUCUAAAAUUUACGUUACCGUUAUUUGUCGAUACUAUUAUUUUAGGGAGUGAACCACUUCCUACUUUUGUUUUUCAUAUAGCAAUCUACUUAUAAAAAAAUCACAUAGGUCGAUAAAAUUUUAGUUUAAAUAUAUUUUGGUGCUGACAUUUUUAAUUUCCGCCAACCCGCUGACUGUUCCACUUUUUAAGUUUUAUAGUUUUUUAGGUAGGAAAGAGUAUUGGAGCACUAUUUAAAUUCCGCACAUGUGCUAUCACACUAAUGAUGCACCACCAUUCUCUUCCUAUCCAAAUUUAAAAGUAGAAUAUCUCGUACCCAACGGGUGGACGGAAAUUAAAAAUGUAUCUAAACUUCAUCUAAUUAUUGGAACCUACAUGUUAUUAUUGCAUUAUUUGAUAGCGCAGGUAGAAAAAUAUAAACGGUUGGUCGGUGAAGCGAAAUAUAUACAUAAUUUUGUUAAUGGGUAUAGAGUCAAAUUUGUCAAUUACAUUGUUUUCUUUAGGUUUGUUUUAUGACGCUAUAAUAAUGUUUGUAUUAUGUAUUUUUCAAGGAUUCACUAAAGCGAAAAAAUCGUGGUUGCCCGUUAAUUCAAACUAUUAUCGACUGAACGUCGAGGCUCAAAAACAACAACCGAACAGUAACUAUAAUUUUUACAAAAAAAUGUCCGAACUCCGAAGAACCGAUACAUUGAAAUAUGGCGGUGUUCAAUUAUAUAAUAUAACCGAUUCGGUGUACAUAAUCAAAAGGUAUAAUAAUAUGCCUACUAUGAAAAUCAAAUGAAUACCGUUAAACAUCAUUUAUUAUUGUUAUGGGCUAUAAUGAUGGUGAUUUCGACAUUUGCGAUCUUUUAGAUUUUUAUCCAAACGCGAAACGUACUUGGUCGUCGUGAACUUUGGUAGUGAAACCGAGACGAUUAACUUGUCUAAUGUCAUGCGAAAUCUCAAUGAGAAGUUUUACGUCUACUUGGGCAGCGCGAAUUCAGCGUACAGCAAAGGGUACCUAUACUAUAAUAUUAUUUUUCAUAAUUUUAAUCGAAUAUUUCGUGAAUAGAAAACUUAUUGUUUACAAAAUUAUACUCCUAUGUGACUUAAUAAUAAUAAUAAUAAUAUAUGUAUUUUUUUUUUAAUGGCCGUUCCGUUACAGAAACGUCAUAUCUACAAUUUCUGCGGUUGACAAACUGUUGAAACUGCGUCCUAAAUCGGCAGUCGUUUUGACCGAUAAUGCCGACAUGACGAAAAGCGCUGCAAAUGGUUAUGGACUAAAAAUGGGUUCGACGAUUAUUAGCCUGUUGUGUGCUUGGUUACUGUACAUUACGUAUUUCUAAUGAUUGACUUUAGUUAUCGGAUAUAUUAUAUGAUUAUCACAGUGGCGGCGCAAAGUAUUUUAUACCUUGAAUCGCCUAUUUAAUUGUUCACCCACCCACCGGCCGAAAAUACCUCCGCCCUACUACACCGUGUCUUAUAAACUAUAAACCAGGAGUCAUCAACUAGUUAAUAUGGAGAUCAUUAUUAAAAUGUAUGGUAUUUUCCGCAGUCCAAAACACAUUCAAUGACUUUUCAACUAUAUAAACGUAAACAUUAACGUAUCUAGAAAAUUAACUUAAAACCUAUACGUUUUACUUGUUAACUGUACUAUAAGGAAUACUUACUGACAUUUAGCACGAUAUACUUUAUUUUGUAAAAUCAUAAUAGUUUGUGUUAUAUUUCUGAACACUCAAUCACCCUUUUUUUUUUUUUUUUUUGUGUGAAUCAUGUGAUUCAAAUAUAUUGCUACGCACUACCAUUGUGUUAUUAUAUUAAGAAAUAAAAAUUAUAAUUUAGAUCAAAAUUACAAAUUCAAUUGAAACACCAAAAUUACUGAAAUUAUCAUUCGCAAGAACAAUUAUAAUAUAGCGUUUUCCAUUAAAAAGUAAAAAUCAAUUUUUAAUGUUUUUUGUUUUUUGUUUUUUUUUUUUACAUUAUUUGAAGUUAUCAACAUAAUAUUUGACCGCAAUCUACAUGUUAUUAUGCAGUACCUACUAAAAAUUAUUCUAAAGGCUCGGUACGAAGGUUAAAAUAUACAAUAAUUAUAAAUCCUACUAUGUACAUUUUGUGUUGAAAUUAAUAUUCAAAUAUUAAGGAAAACAUGGUUUUGUCUCCUUUGCUUACCAUUGUAGUUAAAUACAAUUUUACUUGAAAUCAUGAAUUUAUUAUUCGUGUGCCGGGGAUCUAGAAAUAAAUUAUAUUUUUAACGAUUUUUAAAUGUAGCUAAUGUUACUCAAUAAAACAACAAAUAUGUGUGUGUGUGUGUGUGUGUAUUUGUGCGUGUGUGCAAUAAACAGAUGUGAGUGAACUGUGACGAUAUUAAAUUAAUUUUUAACAUCCAUCACGGGUUUUUUUUUUUUUUAAUGAAAGGUAAAGACGUA